UUUUUUGAUCAACUGAAUAAAGAAGGAAAGAGGCCAUCAAAAUGCUGCUAGAAACGGGAUCCAAUAUUAUGUCGUUGUAUGAGUAUUUAUUGCAGAGAACGGGUGAGUGAGUGCUUUCUCUAAAAUUGAUAUUUUUAUUAAUACAAUUUUUAAAUGAAUUAAAUACAUUUGGUGGUUUGUAGUUGAUGCACGUUGUACCAUGCUAUGUGUGUAACCUGUAUUGUUGUCUUUAAAAUAUUGAUAAAUUGCUUGAUUUCUUGUCCUCAGACCACCGGUUGUUGCCCUACCCAUUGAUGCGGACCCCCUUCCAGAUGACCAGCAUCCUGUUGGGCUAUGUGUUCUUCUCGCUGUAUGCAGGCCCUCGCCUGAUGGCACACCGCAAGCCCUAUCACCUCAAGACGGCCAUGAUCAUCUAUAACUUCAGCAUGGUGUUCCUGAACGCCUUCCUUGUCUAUGAGGUGAGCAAAGCAGUUAGUCAUUCAGCAGAAUUUAAGUUCUUCAAAGACUACUCUAGUUGAGAUUUUAUUUUUUACAGCUUUUAUGACUUGAUGAUAUGACAGCCAGUUCUGUGCUUUACCUUUGCAGUUCCUGAUGUCAGGAUGGGGCACCACCUUUACCUGGAGAUGUGACCUGUGUGACUACUCAAGCAGCCCACAGGCUCUAAGGGUAAGCUUUCUUUAUGAGAGAAUCUGCUUUGCAUCUCAUGAGAUGCCAUCUAUGUUUUCAUACAAUGAAAAUGUUGUUUUACAUUAUACAUUUUAAACAUGCAUAGCUAUUUUAAUAGGUCAUAUGAUGUGAUAUUAUUUGAUGCCAUCUAUUUAUUCUCUGUACUUACUUUUCUCUCCUUUUGUCAGAUGGUUCGAGUGGCUUGGUGGUUUUACUUCUCUAAAUUCAUUGAGCUUCUGGACACAGUAAGAAUGUUUUUCUAUAUCAAAAUAUCAUGUUUGUGAAUAAAAAAUAUUGGCAUGAACUGUCCUUUGAAGUUAGCAUAAAUAAUCUUCUGACUUCGUCUUUCUGACACAAAUGGAGAUUUUAGAAUGUGUUUGCUUAGAGUAACUUAAACUCUUGUCUGCUUUGCAGUUAUUCUUUGUGCUGCGUAAGAAACACAGCCAGAUCACCUUUCUUCAUGUCUUCCAUCAUUCUUUCAUGCCCUUCACGUGGUGGUGGGGUAUGACCAUCGCUCCUGGUAAUCUUGACCUUUAUAAUGACAUCAUCAUCCCCAUGCAGUGUGCUUAUAGUUGCUGAUAUAACCUGUUUAACUUUACAUUAGUUAACUGUGAGGGGGUUAUUCAAUAAACCUUAUAAUCACAAAAGGAACGUUCUACAAUUUUACCAGGGAAUAAAAAUCAUUUAGGAACAACAUGUACAGUUGAAGUCGGAAGUUUACAUACACCUUAGCCAAAUACAUUUAAACUCUGUUUUUCACAAUUGCUGACAUUUAAUCCUAGUAAACAUUCCCAGUCUUAGGUCAGUUAGGAUCACCACUUUAUUUUAAGAAUGUGAAAUACCAGAAUAAUAGUAGAGAAUUAUUUCUUUCAUCUUUUAUUUCUUUCAUCACAUUCCCAGUGGGUCAGAAGUUUACAUACACUCAAUUAGUAUUUCGUAGCAUUGCCUUUAAAUUGUUUAACUUGGGUCAAACGUUUCCGGUAGCCUUUCACAAGCUUCCCACAAUAAGUUGGGUGAAUGUUGGCCCAUUCCUCCUGACAGAGCUGUUGUAACUGAGUCAGGUUUGUAGUUCUCCUUGCUCGCCCACGCUUUUUCAGUUCUGCCCACACAUUUUCUAUAGGAUUGAGGUCAGGGCUUUGUGGUGGCCACUCCAAUACCUUGACUUUGUUGUCCUUAAGCCAUUUUGCCAGAACUUUGGAAGUAUGCUUGGGGUCAUUGUCCAUUUGGAAGACCCAUUUGCGACCAAGCUUUAACUUCCUGACUGAUGUCUUGAGAUGUUGCUUCAAUAUAUCCACAUAAUUUUCCUUCCUCAUGAUGCCAUCUAUUUUGUGAAGUGCACCAGUCCCUCCUGCAGCAAAGCACCCCCACAGCAUGAUGCUGCCACCCCCGUGCUUCACGUUUGGGAUGGUGUUCUUCGGCUUGCAAGCAACCCCCUUUUUCCUCCAAACAUAACGAUGGUCAUUAUGGCCAAACAGUUCUAUUUUUGUUUCAUCAGACCAGAGGACAUUUCUCCAAAAAGUACAAUCUUUGUCCCCAUGUGCAGUUGCAAACCGUAGUCUAGCUUUUUUAUGGCGGUUUUGAAGCAGUGGCUUCUUCCUUGCUGAGCGGCCUUUCAGGUUAAUAAUAAUAAUAAUAAUAAUAAUAAUAAUAUGCCAUUUAGCAGACGCUUUUAUCCAAAGCGACUUACAGUCAUGCGUGCAUACAUUUUUGUGUAUGGGUGGUCCCGGGGAUCGAACCCACUACCUUGGCGUUACAAGCGCCGUGCUCUACCAGCUGAGCUACAGAGGUUAUGUCGAUAUAGGACUCGUUUUACUGUGGAUAUAUAUACUUUUGUACCUGUUUCCUCCAGCAUCUUCAAAAGGUCCUUUGCUGUUGUUCUGGGAUUGAUUUGCACUUUUCGUACCAAAGUACGUUCAUCUCUAGGAGACAGAACGCGUCUCCUUCCUGAGCAGUAGGACUGCUGCGUGGUCCCAUGGUGUUGAUACUUGCGUACUAUUGUUUGUACAGAUGAACGUGGUACCUUCAGGCGUUUGGAAAUUGCUUCCAAGGAUGAACCAGACUUGUGGAGGUCUGCAAAAAAAAUCUGAGGUCUUGGCUGAUUUCAUUUCAUUUUCCCAUGAUGUCAAGUAAAGAGGCACUGAGUUUGAAGGUAGGCCUUGAAAUACAUCCACAGGUACACCUCCAAUUGACUCAAAUGAUGUCAAUUAGCCUAUCAGAAGCUUGUAAAGCCAUGACAUCAUUUUCUGGAAUUUUCCAAGCUGUUUAAAGGAACAGUCAACUUAGUGUAUGUAAACUUCUGACCCACUGGAAUUGUGAUACAGUGAAUUAUAAGUGAAAUAAUCUGUCUGUAAACAAUUGUUGGAAAAAUGCACAAAGUAAAUGCCCUAACUGACUUGCCAAAACUAUAGUUAGUUAACAAGACAAUUGUGGAGUGGUUGAAAAACGAGUUUUAAUGACUCCAACCUAAGUGUAUGUAAACUUCUGACUUCAACUGUAUUUUGUUAUGCCCCUGUGACUGUUCAGAAUCUGUCUGAGUUUUAAUAAUGUGCCUGUCAUUGUGAAUCUCCAGCAGGGGGAAUGAGCUCGUUCCAUGCCAUGGUCAACGCAUGUGUCCACGUCAUCAUGUACACCUACUACGGACUGUCCGCUGCAGGACCUCGCUUCCAGAAAUACCUCUGGUGGAAGAAGUACAUGACCGCAAUCCAGUUGGUGGGUGUUCUUUCUUAAUGAUGUACAAUUGGAAGAAGCUGUUAAACGGAAGCAUUGAUUUUUGUAUAGCUGCCGGUGUUACUGUUUUGAAUUGGUGACGUGUGGCCAUCUACAGACCACAUCAUUAAUACUUUCUUAUUUCUUCCUUCUUUAGAUCCAGUUUGUGCUGAUCUCACUUCACAUCUCUCAGUACUACUUCAUGGAGAAGUGUGACUUUCAGGUGCCCAUGUUCAUUCACCUUAUCUGGAUGUACGGCACCUUCUUCUUCGCACUUUUCUCCAACUUCUGGAUUCAGGCCUACGUAAAAGGUAAACGGCUGCCCACGGCAACCAAGGAGGAGAAGCUAAAGAAGAAUGGUGUUAUUAAUGGUCAUACCAACAGCAUUGGCAACGUUUCCGUGGUGCCCAACGGCAAGCCACUGAAGAAUGGCAAUGGGACAACAGCACACAGUGUCAACGGCCAUAACCAACUAGACAAAGUGAAGGAAGUCUAG